AUGUCCUCAACCACUCCCCAAACUCUACACCAACCACUCCGCCGCAACACACCCCACCACCUUCAAAAACGCAACUGGGCAUCCCAAGAAGCAGGCGUAAUUGUAGUCUUCUGCAUCGUCUUCGUCGUCGGCUGCGGUCUUCUCGCUCUUGCGAUUCGAAAUUGUUUAGCGAAGAGGAGGGCUAAGAAGGCUGUGAUUGCUAGUCGAUCGGAAGUUCAAACACCAACUUCGAAAAGGGGCAAGAGAGGUUAG